AUGGCGCGUGGACAAGAGCCGCUCCGCCCGUCUGUCCCCGGACAGCAUAUCCUUGAUGCGGUGCCGGGCGGGUGUGGAAAUGACGAGCGAGCGGCCGCCGGUCAAGCGCUGGCUGGGCGGCCCCCGACUAGUGUCAACUGGGACGGAGGGAUUGUGUACUCGUGCACGAAGUCCGGCACGAAGUACCCCGACUUCCUCAUCAGUUCGUACUACGGCCUCAAAGAGCCAGGGGGUCAGGAGCUGGAGCGGGAGGUGCCACACCUCGUUGUUGAAGUCGGGUCGCUGCAUCCCAACGAGGUGAUUCCGACAAUCGACGACCAGAUUGCUAUAUUGAAACAGCUGCAAUCGUACAUGGCGCGAGUCGUCGCUCAUGUGGACCUCACGAAGCAUGAGCUGCCGUGGGGGCUAGCGAUCAUCGGGACUUACGCAGCGUGGUUGCGCCCUAGCCGCCGCAACACCCAAUGCGCAUGGGAGUACAUUGGCGGCUUUCACUCCGGUCGCGGAUACUGGACGAGCAUCUACGGGCUCGAAUUCCGAAAGCAAUGGUGUGUAUCCCAUGGGAGCAUCACAGUUCAGUCCAUAAUGACUGAUACAGGCAAGGCAUAUGAUCAUAUUAGGGGGGUGGCCAAAGACCAGUUGCAACUGGUUGCAACCAGUCUUUUGACCAGUCCCUUCAAUUUGCCCAACCCUGGAAGACUGCAACUGGACUGGAACUGCUUCAGAGUGCAACUGAUCCUAGGUCAUGAGGCGCAAGCAGCGGCGCAGUCAAGCGGGGCCCCCGGGAGCACUGCCGCCGAGGAUCGCAUGCUCCUCAAAUCAAUGCAGUGUAUGGCAGCGCUCAUGACAGGGUUCCAGUGCCUGUCCAAUGAAGACACCCUGAUGGUGUUAGGACUUACGGACGCCAUGAGCCGGUUUUGGGAGGUCCUCGAUGGCCCAGAAGGAUCCGGGGCUGCUGCACUGGAGCACUUGAGGGACACCGUUGUACUUAAAGACGUACCAAUGGAGCACGACAGAAUUCAAGGAGCGCCGGGUGUGCCCCAGAUGACCCGGCAGCAUGGAGGGGAUGGCGAAAUGAGGGACACAUUCGACGCUGAGACCACCCGAGUCGAGGCCGUCAACAAGUUGCUCGACACGGAGAUCACGAGGGAGGAGAACAUGCAUAUGUUACUUGAACGGAGGCACAUCGGAGAGGAAGAGGACGGAAUCGCACACUACAUCAAUCAGCUGAACCUGCGACUACUGCCGCCGAUGGUCAUGCCGAUUCCGGACAGUCCACCCGGGCAGUACAAACAACUCGAAAACGGCGAAUACACGAAGGUGUUGAAUCCCGGGGAAAAGCUACAGUAUUUGGACGACAUCAUUGAAGCCCAGGUGGCGCAAUACGCGAUCAUGGAUGAGUACAUUUCAGCCGAAAUCAGGUUCUGGGAAUCAGUAUUGGAGGGCAGUGAGCGGGAGCAGCGUGACUGGUAUGCGCGGGAUGCCCUGCACCCGGUGAUGGAGGAUUCUGACUAUUUUGUCCGUGGCUUUACCGAGUUCUGUGGGUUGGAAGACAUGCACAAAGAGUAA